AUGACGGUCCCCAGCCUCGCCUGCUGCCUGCUCGGCCUCCUGGCGCUGACCUCCGCCUGCUACAUCACCAACUGCCCCGUGGGCGGCAAGAGGGCCGUGAUGGACCUGGACGUGCGCAAGUGCCUGCCCUGCGGCCCCGGGGACAAGGGGCACUGCUUCGGGCCCAGCAUCUGCUGCGGGGACGAGCUGGGCUGCUUCAUGGGCACGGCCGAGGCGCUGCGCUGCCAGGAGGAGACCUACCUGCCGUCGCCCUGCCAGUCCGGCCAGAGGCCCUGCGGGGACGAGGGCCGCUGCGCCGCCGACGGCAUCUGCUGCAGCCCCGACGGCUGCCGCACCGACCCCGCCUGCGACCCCUAG